AUGGUCCUGUCUUUGUCCUCUCUCUGCUGCACCCUCUGCUCCCCCCAUUCCCACAAUGUCCUCCAUAUGUCUCCCCCUGCCUCCCUCUCUCCCCCACUCCUCCCUAUCUCCCCCUCUGUCUCCCUCUUCUACCUCUCUCCCCCUCUGUAUCCCUCUCCUCCCUCUGUCUCCCCUCUCCCCCUCAGUCCUCCCUCUUCUACCUCUCUCCCCCUCUGUAUCCCUCUCCUCCCUCUCUCCCCCUCUUCCCCUCAGUCUCCCUCUUCUCCCUCUCUCCCCGUCUGUCUCCCUCUCCUCCCUCUCUCCUCCUCUGUUCUCCCUCUCCCCCUCUCUCUCCCUCUGUCUCCCUCUCUCUUCCUCUGUCCUCCCUCACUCUCCCUGUCUCCUUCUCUCCCCCCUGCCUCCCUGUCUCCCCUCUCCUCCCUCCCUCCCCCUCUGUCCACCCUCUCUCCCCCUCUGUCCUCCCUCUCUCCCCCUCUCUCCCCCUCUGUCUCCCUCUCUCCUCCCUCUCCCCCCCCCCUCUCUCCCUCUCCUCCCCCUCUCUCCUCCACAUUCUUGCCCAUGUUUCUCUCUCUGCAGGAGUCCAGUGGAUUUCCGAACAGUUGUUUUAAUUGCUUCUAA